AUGAUAAAAAAUUCAUUCAGUGCAAUUUUUUUUAAAGAGGAAAACGAAGACAACAAGGGGUCUGUUGAAUUUCAAGUAGUGAGUUUCACCAAUAGGAUACGUAAACUUACUUCACAUUUGGAAUUGCACAAAAAAGACUAUUUAUCUCAGAGAGGUCUGCGUAAAAUUCUAGGAAAACGUCAACGGCUGCUCGCCUAUUUGUCAAAAAAAAAUAGAGUACGUUAUAAAGAAUUAAUCGGCCAGUUGGAGAUUCGAGAAACAAAAAAAAAUUAA